AUGGACUUUCAUGCUGCAAUGGAAACAUUUGCAGAAGCUUGGAUUGCUGCAAAUAUGCAAAAUUAUGCAUCAAGUCCUGCCAAUAAAAAUGAGACAACAGCAAAAAAAGACAUCCUUUCAAACAAAUCCAUCAAGAAUAAAGUUUACAUGAAUCUUGCUGAAAGUUAUUCAAAUUCGAAGUCAAAUGCUGAUGUGCUUAUUACAGUAGCCACAAAAGGAUCAGUUUCGUUGAGAUGUGUGGUUGAACAGGAGUGCAUAGAACGAACGUAUCAUGAUGUGGAACCUGACCAUGUUGUUAAUGUUAUCAAUGACUCAGUCCUUUCUUUGCCUGGAUCACUACUAUUUUUUGAUGUGGUUAAAAGUUCACUUCUUAAAUUAGGGUUUUCAAUAUCGGACGUACACGAUGCUAAGGGAAAGCUCCAAGUCAAAAACUGGAAUGAGCUGGAUAUAGAAUCAUUGACUAGUGACGACAAGAUGACAUUAGAGAAAAUGCUCGGUCAUAUCUCCCUAUUCUGCACUUUAAAGAUUCGUUUAAAAAGCAUAGAUAUUGACAAAAUUGAAUGGGAUGAUCAGACUGUACGAUGUGCAAUCAUUAAGUUGUUAAAGCAAUACAACCAGAUCACUCUUGCUAAGAUGUGUCCCAUGCCGCAGUCGAUGAUUUCAAACAUCGUAAAUUCAAAAUAUACUGCAAAAGUGUGUGCUGAAAAGUGCAAGGAGUUUGGAAACUGGUAUAAGAAAUUUCGGCAAGAAAAUACAUGCUCCUAUUUCUGCAAACACCACUCAAGCAGCAUCAACCUUGGCCCUGCAAAGAAGGACCAAAGUCAACUCAAACUCAGACAAUCAGAAAUAAAAAAUAUAUGCGAUUUCGAAUUAACAGAUGGUCAUAGGAAAACUGUUCCUGCGAUAGGAACAAAUAUAAGUAACCAACUGAAUACACGCAUGACAUUCCACCCUGUUGAUGAACUUCCUCUCAUGAGAAGCUGGUACAAAUUCUGUCCCAACCCAACUUCCGAGGAGUUGAAGAAUUAUCUUCAUGAACUCAAUGUAUCCCCUAUUAGACAAGAGAGACCUAAAAUUUCUCUGAAAAGAUUAAGAAUUUGGUGGCGAAACGAAAAGCAGAGAGUCAAGAAAGUAGAUGAUCAAGUUGUUGAAAAUGGAGAUAGCCAUUUGUCUGACGAGUCAUUAAAUGGAAGAAAGAAACGACAGAAAAGGCGCAUUUCUUUAUCAAGUGAAGAAAAAAUUACAAAAAUGCCUUCACUUUUAUCGAAUAAUAAUAAUAUGAACAGUAGUGAACUAUAUCUGCUGAACAGCAGCGAGUCACAAAUUAAACUAGUAUCAUUACACAACAAUGGUUUGAAUUUAAACAGAGCUAACGAAUAUCCUAAGCCGUAUGGGUGGUAUGAGUUUGGCCAAUAUUUCUUAAUCAUGACUUUCAGAAAUUAUUUGACUGAACAAUUGAGUUCAUGA